CCAGGCCAGGAAAAGAACAGAAAUACCCCGACGGGUAUGGAGCCGAGUAAAGACUUGGACGGAGGCGAAGGAAUUUCCGGCAAUAAAUCAAAGCAAAUCGGCAAUCAAAAGCCAGGAGAAGGAGGAGGAGCCGCCGCCGGUUGUGUGGAGGGGAAAUCAUGUAAGGGUUACCUUUACUACUCUUCCGUUCUGAAAUCCAGCGGCAACAAUCCUCGCUGCAUCGGCAUCCCUCGUACGCUCCCUUCAGGAACUAAUAUCGGUGUUGAGCAUCAAUCUAAUGAAGAAAAGGAUCUCCAUGACUUUUACUAUGGUUGCGCCGGGUAUUCUGUGUAUGUUACUGGCGACCAUUUGGUGGACAGAGAAGAGUCCAAAACACGCUUACCAGUCUGUAUAGGCCUCGAGCUCUUAGUGAAUAAAAAAGUAACGACUUCCAGUGCUUCUGCUCCAGGCCCUGCUCCUGCUCUUGCUCACCAUAGACAAGAUGGGCGCAAUGACUCCCCUCGUCCUCAGUUACCAAAACCAAUGCAGCCUCCAACUGACGACUUCUUAACUAGGUUUACAAGGAGCGCGAACCUGGUUGCCUCGGGUGUAGCCAGGAACAUGAGAAGAGUAGGGAACCAAAUAAAAGAUACCGUAGAUGACAUCUUUUUCCCUUUCAGAAAACGUCCCAAAUGAAGUUUUCCCAACCCAGUUGGGAUCCAUCUAUAUUCAUCCAGAUAGGUGGUCUCAUUUGAUACAUUCCUGAGUUUACGUAUUAUUUUCGUUUUUGCCCCCUCAUACCCAUUGCCCUCGUUAGCAGUAAUAUGACAACACAGCAUAUGACGGGAAGAAGAAAAUGUAUAAUUAUUUUGUUCUUUGACACAGCCACAUGGUGAUCA